AUGUUCUUGCAUAAGUCUACAAUGGAUAAAUUGGAAGAGAUUUAUCGGACCGAAAGCUUUGAUUGUCCACAAAACAAGGCAAAGUACUUUGCACUAUUUGCAUUUGGGGAGGCGUAUUCUGUUCGGCCAGGCCUGUCUCCGGAGUCGGUUCCAGGCACCAUGUAUUUUGCCCAGGCACUGGACUUGAAUCAGAUUAUACAGGAGCGGCCAAGCAUGAUGCAUUUAGAAACCCUUCUUUUGUUGUCUUUGUUUUCAUACUUUCUCAAUCGACGUCACUCGGCAUGCGUCCUGGCUGGAAACGCAAUGCGCCUCGGAUUAAUCAUCGGGCUGAACCACAACAUACCAGACUCUCAACUUAUUGAUCCUAUAGAAAUGGAACACCGGAUACGUCUCUGGUGGACUAUAUACAUUUUCAACCACAUGUGGAGUUCAAAGAUGGGCUUGCCGUUGCAGAUUUCAGAAGAUGACAUUCAUAUCGGGAUGCCCUCUGAAUCAGAUACCGGGCUAACUGGAAUUUAUAAUGAACAAUUCACCGACACCGGCUUUAUAAUCGCGAAUAUAACCCUCGCUAGAAUAGCCGGUGAUAUAAUCACGCAAUUAUACAGCCGGAAGAAGUAUCGUGAGACAUUCCUGCAGCGCGUGCAGGGGCUUUUGAAAGCUUUGAAAAACUGGGUGCAGACUUUGCCGGAGCAUCUCAAGUUGAAUUCCGACCCGGAAUCAAACAAAAGACACGUUAUAUCUUUGCAUUUAUCAUUUAAUCAAUGUGUCAUUCUCACUACUCGUCCGACAUUACUUCACAGUCUCGAUAGACUCAACAACCAUGGCUCAUCUCCGGCCCAAGAUAACCAUAAAACUCACGACUCUAUUUCUCAUGCCGUUCUUACCUUGAACGAAGCCUGCAUUCAUGCCGCCCGACAUUCUCAUUCCAUCAUUCUCGAGAAAUGGAUCCAUGGAUCCUUACCUAUGUUUGGAUAUUUCCAUGCCCAAUACCUAUUUUCGUCGGCCAUGAUCCUUGCAAUAUCCAGUCUCAUGCUGAAAGAGGGUACCUCUGAUCAAGACUCAUUUGAAACUGCGCUUCGACUCCUUCAUGGAAUGAAAGAAAAUGGAAAUCUAACAGCCGCUGAAUUUUAUUCGCACUUGGAGAAAAUCAAGAUUUGUCUCGAUCAUCAUUUUGGUAAUAGUAAAGACGAGCCAAAUGGGCCAGCUCAACCUAGCUCUCUGUACUUGUCUUCGUCACUGUUGCAAGGUUCCGUCAACGAUACAGGCGCUACUGAAAACUAUUCAGGGGUGUCGUUUGACAAUAUCCAGGCUCUGACAGGUGAUGGCCCAAGCUAUACGACUGAAAUGGCAUUUCUGGAACCUACAAUGGAGAGUUUCCUAGCCCAGUCCAACCUGAAUCUCGGAUUUCCGCACUCAGUGGAUUCUUUUAUGAAUGAUGCAGAUUCAAUAUAUACCUAUAUAACACCUAAUAUGUUGACUGAAUAA